AUGACCCACAGGGAAAAGGUGCGUCCUGUUUGCAGCCUGAUAUUGGUGACCCUCCUGGCUGUCCUAGGUCUGCAACUCCUACCCUUGGGAGCCAGUGUGCAGCUUCAAGACAAUGGGUACAAUGGAUUACUUGUUGCAAUUCAUCCCCAGGUUUCUGAGGAUCAGAACCUCAUCUCAAACAUUAAGGAAAUGAUAACUGAGGCUUCCUUUUACCUGUUCAAUGCCACCAAAAGGAGAGUGUUUUUCAGAAACACAAAGAUUUUAAUACCUGCCACAUGGAGAGCUAACAACUACAGCAAAGUAAAACAGGAAUCGUAUGAAAAGGCAAAUGUCAUCGUGUCUGACUGGUAUGGAGCUCACGGUGAUGAUCCAUACACUCUACAAUAUAGAGGGUGUGGAAAAGAGGGGAAAUAUAUUCACUUUACACCUAAUUUCAUGCUAAAUGAUAAUUUAACAGCUGCCUAUGGACCAAGAGGCAGAGUGUUUGUCCACGAAUGGGCUCAUUUCCGUUGGGGUGUGUUUGAUGAAUAUAACAAUGAGAAACCUCUCUACAUAGAUGGACAAAAUCAGAUUAAAGUAACAAGGUGUUCAUCUGACAUCGCAGGCACUUUUGUGUGUGAAAAAGGCCCUUGCCCACAAGAAAACUGCAUUAUUAGUGAUCUUUUCAAAGAUGGUUGCAUGUUUUUAUAUAAUAGCACCCAAAAGGCAACUUCAUCAAUAAUGUUCAUGCAAAGUUUAUCUUCUGUGGUUGAAUUCUGCAAUGCAAGUAAUCACAAUCAAGAAGCUCCAAACCUACAGAAUCAAAUAUGUAGCCUCAGAAGUACCUGGGAUGUAAUCGCAGACUCUGUUGACUUCGAUAACAGCAUUCCCAUGAGCGGAACUGAGUUGCCACCAGCUCCCAUGUUCUCACUUGUUCAGUCUGGCGAGAAGGUGGUCUGCUUAGUUCUGGACAUAUCCAGCAACAUGGCCAAGGGAGACAGAUUUCUUCAUUUGCAACAGGCAGCAGAAUUUUACUUGAUGCAGAUUGUUGAAAUGCAUACUUUUGUGGGCAUCACCAGUUUUGAUAGCAAAGGAGAGAUCAGAGCCCAGCUACAUCAAAUUAAGAACAUCGACGACCGCAAGUUGCUAGUUUCAUUUCUUCCUACCACUAUGUCAGCUGAAGCAGAGACCAGUGUCUGCUUGGGAAUUAAAAAGGGAUUUGAGGUGGUUGAAAAACUGAAUGGAAAAGCACAUGGCUCUGUGAUGAUACUAGUGACCAGUGGAGAUGAUGAACACAUAAACAACUGCCUACUCACAGUGCUGAACAGUGGCUCGACCAUUCAUUCUAUCACCCUGGGCUCAUCUGCGGCUGGAAACCUGGAGGAAUUAUCACAUCUCACGGGAGGUUUAAAGUUCUUUGUUCCAGAUAAGUCAAGCUCUAACAGCAUCAUUGAUGCCUUCAGUAGAAUUUCCUCUGGAACCGGAGACAUUUUUCAGCAAUGUAUUCAGCUAGAGAGCACUGGUGAAAUUGUUAAGCCUCAUCACCAACUAAAAAGCACGGUCACUGUGGAAAAUGGCGUGGGCAAUGACACCGCCUUUCUCGUCACGUGGCAGACUAAUGGUCCCCCGGAGAUUGUAUUGUCUGAUCCUGAGGGAAGAAAAUACAACACAAAUAAUUUUACCCACAACCUGGAUUUGCAGACUGCUCACCUGUCCAUCCCAGGAACUGCCAAGCCUGGGAACUGGACUUACACACUGAACAAUACCCACAAUUCUCCUCAAGCUUUGAAAAUGACUGUGACUUCUCAAGCCUCCAGCCCCACCGUACCACCGGCCACUGUGGAAGCGUAUGUGGAAAGAGAGAGCACCCACUUUCCCAAUCCAGUGAUGAUUUAUGCAAAUGUUAGAAAGGGGUUUUAUCCCAUCCUUAAUGCCACUGUAACGGCUACAAUUGAGCCAGAGACUGGAGAGCCUGUGACACUGAAACUUCUUGAUAAUGGAGCAGGUGCUGAUGUUAUAAAAAAUGAUGGGAUUUACUCGAGGUAUUUUUUCUCCUUUGCUGUAACUGGUAGAUACAACUUGAAAGUGCAUGUCUACCAGUCUCACAGGAUAAACACCCAAGAAGCCCAUUCUAUUCCAGGAAGUCACGCUAUGUAUGUACCUGGUUACAUAGCAAAUGGUAAUAUUCAGAUGAAUGCUCCAAGAAAAUCAAUGAGCAGGAGUGAGGAAAAGCAGAAGUGGGGCUUCAGCAGAGUAAGUUCAGGCGGUUCCUUUUCAGUGCUGGGAGUUCCAAACGGCCCCCAUCCCGAUGUGUUCCCUCCCUGCAAAAUUAUUGAUCUGGAGGCUAUAACCUCAGAGGAUGAGGUGACUCUAUUCUGGACAGCGCCAGGAGAAGACUUUGACCAGGGCCAUGCUACAAGCUAUGAACUAAGAAUGAGUAAAAGUCUACAAACUAUUCAAGAUGACUUUGAUAAUGCCAUUUUAGUGAAUACAUCAGAGCUCAGUCCUCAGGAAGCUGGAAUCAAGGAGAUGUUUACAUUCUUACCAAAGAGAAUAACAAUGGAGCCUGAACAUCAAUCUGAUGGAGAAACACAAGAAAGUAACAGAAUAUAUAUGGCAAUACGAUCAAUUGACAGAAACUCUUUAAAGUCUGUUGUUUCUAACAUUGUCCAGACAUCUCUGUUUACUUCCCAGAACCCUGCUCCUGCACUUGCCAGAGAUUGUCUUAUAAUGAAAGGAGUUUUGACAGCACUUGGUUUGAUAGGAAUUAUUUGCCUUACUAUAAUUAUAACAUAUUAUAUCUUAAACAGGAAAAAGAGAGCAUCCAACAAAGAGAAUGGAGCAAAGUUACUCUGA